AACUGCAUGUAGCAUAGAGCAGUUUCCGUAGAGACCUGUAGCCUGAUAUUUAUCAACAUGGAAACCAGUGGCCGUGACUUCGGUUUUUGUGUCUCUGUGACUAACAACAGUAAUCUGACCUGUGUUAACAGGCUGGUAUCUGCUCUAGAUCCUCAAAGGACUUGAGCAGAUGCCCUCAGACCAGGGGUUCUCCACCUUGAUGCUGCUGGCACAUGAGCCAAAUCAUUCUCUGGUGGGGGGCUGUCCUUGGCACUACAGGAUGUUAGGGAGCGCCCCUGGCCUCUACCCGCUAGACACCAGUAGUGUCCCCCUCCCCUCCCAAGUUGUGACAACCAGAAUGUCUCCAGACAUUGUCUAAAGUUCCCUGGAGUUGGGGGACAAAAUUGCUCCCACUUGAGAACCACUGCCUUAGAUGGAUCAGUAAAACUGCCUAAAUCAACUUGGGAUGGACACUGUGAAAUCCAAUAUUGCCUUUCCCAAAAAAGCAAGAGAGGAGAAAAAGAGCCCACAACAUCCUGUAUUCCUUGGGUGAAUAAAUGAUCUGGUUUGGCAUGAAAUGCAAACAUCCGUUGGGAGGUAGGAGGGCCCUUGGAGGCUGGAGCAGUUGUGUGCCCUAGCCAAGCCACACAGAGGCACAGCCCCCGGCAGAGUUAGCCUGAGCAUCACCAGGUCUUCGAGUCCCCUUGCACUUAUCAUGUAGGGUGGGUCCUCACAUGAGCACGUGGAGUACAUGAGACCAGCAUCAGUCCUACGAGAGUAGAGUCACAAUGUUCUAAUGUCCACCUGAAUCUCAACGAAGCCCUGGUAUCUCUCUCGCCUCAUAGUACAUAUCCUGGUUUGUAGCAAUGUAUGCAUCUGGGUGAUUGUUUAAUAUCUGCCUCCCUGUAGGACUUUGGCCUGCAGGAGGGCAGGAACCAAGGCUGCUUUCUCAUCAACAAGUCCCCAGAACCUUGCAUGGUGCCUGGUGUACAGCAUGAUCAAUAAAUACAGGUGGAUCAAUUAAGGAAUAUUGUUGGAUGGCAGGGAUUCGGGAAGAUGAGGACUGACUCUUCUGUCCUUCCCUUGAAUGCUGUUGAUCUUAAAGGUUCCCAGAACAUGGGAGUGGGUCUGGAGACCUCGGUUUUAGCACAGAUGGUGAGCGGCUGGGACGGUGCUGGUCUGAGCUGGGCCCUGUCUGAUGGCUUCCUCCAACCCUCCUGCACAGGCGGCCAGAGGGUGCCGGCUGUGGUGAGCAAUGGGGAUGCUGUGGAUGCGGCUCUCUCUGGGGUCCGGCACUCCAGCUGGAAGCGGAAGAGCUCCCGUCACAUCGACCGGUUCACUUUCCCUGCCCUGGAGGAAGAUGUGAUUUACGACGACGUCCCCUGUGAGGCCCUGGACGCCCACCAACCCGGGGCAGAGAGGAACCUGCUCUACGAUGAUGUGCACCGGGACGGGGUGCCCAGGGCGACGGAGGACCUAGGUUGGAGCUCCAGUGAAUUUGAGAGCUACAGCGAGGACUCAGGGGAGGAGGCCAAGCCAGAGGCAGAGCCUGUGAAGCAUCGAGUGUCCUUCCAGCCCAAGCUUUCUCCAGACCUGACUAGGCUAAAGGAGAGAUACGCCAGGACUAAGAGAGACAUCUUGGCUUUAAGAGUUGGGGGGAGAGACAUGCAGGAGCUGAAGCACAAGUACGAUUGGAAGAUGACCCAGCUCAUGAAGGCUGCCAAGAGCGGGACCAAGGACGGACUGGAGAAGACAAGGAUCGCUGUCAUGCGCAAAGUGUCCUUUCUGCACAGGAAAGAUGUCCUCGGUGACUCAGAAGAGGAGGACAUGGGGCUCCUGGAGGUCAGUGUCACGGACAUCAAGCCCCCAGCCCCGGAAUUGGGCCCCAUGCCGGAUGGCCUGAGCCCUCAGCAGGUGGUCCGGAGGCACAUCCUGGGCUCCAUUGUGCAGAGCGAAGGUGGCUACGUGGAGUCUUUGAAGCGGGUACUCCAGGACUACCGCAACCCCCUGAUGGAGAUGGAGCCCAAGGUGCUGAGCAUGCGCAAGUGCCAGGUGGUGUUCUUCCGCGUGAAGGAGAUCCUGCACUGCCACUCCAUGUUCCAGAUAGCCCUGUCCUCCCGCGUGGCCGAGUGGGACGCCACCGAGAAGAUCGGGGACCUCUUCGUGGCUUCAUUCUCCAAGUCCAUGGUUCUCGAUGUGUACAGCGACUACGUGAACAACUUCACCAACGCCAUGUCCAUCAUCAAGAAGGCCUGUCUCACGAAGCCCGCCUUCCUCGAGUUCCUCAAGCGGAGGCAGGUGUGCAGCCCCGACCGCGUCACGCUGUAUGGGCUGAUGGUGAAGCCCAUCCAGAGGUUCCCACAGUUCAUCCUCCUGCUUCAGGACAUGCUGAAGAACACCCCCAGGGGCCACCCGGACAGGCUGUCACUGCAGCUGGCUCUCACGGAGCUGGAGACGCUGGCCGAGAAGCUCAACGAGCAGAAGCGCCUGGCCGACCAGGUGGCGGAGAUCCAGCAGCUGACGAGGAGCGUCAGUGACCGCAGCAGCCUCAACAAGCUGCUGACCUCGGGCCAGCGGCAGCUGCUCCUGUGCGAGACACUGACUGAGACCGUGUAUGGUGACCGCGGGCAGCUGAUCAAGUCCAAGGAGCGCAGAGUCUUCCUGCUCAAUGACAUGCUGGUCUGUGCCAACAUCAACUUCAAGCCUGCCAACAACAGGGGCCAGCUGGAGAUCAGCAGCCUGGUGCCCCUGGGGCCCAAGUACGUGGUGAAGUGGAACACGGCACUGCCCCAGGUGCAGGUGGUGGAGGUGGGCCAGGAGAGCAGCUCCUAUGACAAGGACAACAUGCUCAUCCAGCACGCUGGUGCCAAGAAGGCCCCUGCUUCAGGCCAGGCCCAGAAUAAAGUGUACUUCGGCCCCCCGCGCCUCUUCCAGGAGCUGCAGGACCUGCAGAAGGACCUGGCUGUGGUAGAGCAGAUAACCUUCCUCAUCAGCACGCUGCAUGGCACCUACCAGAACCUGAACAUGACCGUGGCUCAAGACUGGUGCCUGGCCCUGCAGAGGCUAAUGCGAGUGAAGGAGGAAGAGAUCCACUCUGCCAACAAGUGCCGCCUUCGGCUCCUGCUUCCUGGGAAACCUGACAAGUCCGGCCGCCCCAUCAGCUUCAUGGUGGUCUUCAUCACCCCCAACCCCCUGAGCAAGAUCUCCUGGGUCAACAGGUUGCACUUGGCCAAGAUUGCACUCCGGGAGGAGAACCAGCCAGGAUGGCUGUGUCCGGAUGAGGACAAGAAGAGCAAAGCCCCGUUCUGGUGCCCGGUCCUGGCCUGCUGCACCCCCGCCUUCUCCUCCCGGGGCCUCAGCCUGCAGCUUGGGGCCCUGGUGCACAGUCCUGUCAGCUGUCCCCUGCUGGGCUUCUCAGCGGUCAGUACAUCCCUUCCACAGGGCUACCUCUGGGUCGGGGGCGGGCAGGAGGGCGCAGGGGGCCAGGUGGAGAUCUUCUCCCUGAACCGGCCCUCACCUCGCACUGUCAAGUCCUUCCCGGUGGCGGCCCCUGUGCUCUGCAUGGAGUACAUUCCAGAGCCGGAGGAGGGGGAGAGUGGAGACGGAGAUAAGAACCACGCGACUGCUGACCCCUCAGUGGCAGCUCACCCAACCAUCUGCCUCGGGCUCCAGGAUGGCAGCAUCCUGGUUUAUGGCAGUGUGGACACGGGCACCCAGUGCCUGGCGACAUGUAGGAGCCCAGGUCUGCAGCCCGUGCUCUGCCUGCGGCGCAGCCCCUUCCACCUGUUUGCUGGCCUGCAGGAUGGGACCCUCGCUGCCUACCCUCGGACCAGCGGAGGAGUCCCCUGGGACCUGGAGAGCCCUCCCGCGUGCCUGACUGUGGGGCCAGGGCCCAUCCGUGCCCUGCUGAGCCUGGAGGACACUGUGUGGGCCAGCUGCGGGCCUCGGGUCACCGUCCUGGACGCCACCAGCUUGCAGACUCAGCAAAGCUUCGAGGCGCACCAGGAUGAGGCUGUGAGCGUGACGCACAUGGUGAAGGCAGGCAGCGGGGUCUGGAUGGCCUUCUCCUCCGGCUCUUCCAUCCGCCUCUUCCACACCGAGACGCUCGAGCAUCUGCAGGAGAUCAACAUCGCCACCAGGACCACCUUCCUCCUGCCAGGCCAGAAGCAGCUGUGUGUCACCAGCCUCCUGAUCUGCCAGGGUCUGCUCUGGGUGGGCACUGACCAGGGUGUCAUUGUCCUGCUGCCUGUGCCCCGGCUGGAAGGCAUCCCCAAGAUCACAGGGAAAGGCAUGGUCUCGCUCAAUGGUCACUGCGGGCCUGUGACCUUCCUGGCAGUGGCUACCAGCAUCUUGGCCCCCGACAUCCUGCGGAACGACCAGGAGGAGGCUGAGGGGCCGGGGGCCGAGGAGGACAAGCAGGACGGGCAGGCUCAUGAGCCAGCUCCAGCGCCUGCCAGCCACAUGGGUGGAGAGCUGACCCGCAAGAAGGGCAUCCUUCUGCAGUACCGCCUGCGCUCCACCGCCCACCUCCCGGGCCCGCGGCUGUCCGUGCGGGAGCCGGCGCCCCCUGAUGGCUCAGCCCUGGAGCACAGCGAGGAGGACGGCUCCAUCUAUGAGAUGGCCGACGACCCCGACGUCUGGGUGCGCAGCCGGCCCUGCACCCGGGAUGCCCACCGCAGGGAGAUAUGCUCGAUGGCCAUCAUCUCCGGUGGGCAGGGCUACCGCCACUUUGGUAGGGCCCCGGGUGGCAGCGGAAGGCCGGCCCCUUGUGGGGAGACGGACAGCACCCUCCUCAUCUGGCAGGUGCCCUUGACGCUAUAGCCCUGUACCCCCCAGUGCACAGCUGCAGGCCUGGCCACAGCCAUGCUGGACUUAGCCUGCGGUGGGCCCUUCCAGCUGUCUGGGGUCCCUGGGGAGCACUGGCUGGAAUCACCUUCCAGGAACCCCGCAGGUGGGCACGGAUCUUCAGUAACUACCUUGGCGGAGCAGAGGAAAACCUCUUCCUUUAAAUAUAUAUAUAUAUAAUAUAUAUAUAUAUAUUUCAGAGUGUUUGGGGGACGGGUUUGGGCUUGGGGAGAGGGAGGACACCUCUGGAGGAAAUGGCCUUCUUUUUAAAAGCAAAAAAACACAAAACCUCACAGCUGCCUGGCAAGCCCAGCGCCUCUUGUCCGGGCUGGAGUGGGGCUCAGAGGCAGGAACGCAUCCCUCCUGGAAGGGCGCGUGUGUGUGUGAGUGUAUGAGAGCGUGUGGGCUGGUGUGUGAAUAUAUAUAAAUACGUAUAUAUGGUGUACAUUAUAUGUGUAUAAAUAAAAUCUGUACAUAUUGGAGCUCUGGGAGAUGCUGGAAUAAAGACAAGAAUAAUGUCAGUACUUGGA